GCGCGCCGGGCGGGCACUUCCGGGAGUCUGGGAUAACCAGCGUCGGGUGAGCAGGCCCCACGGAACCGAAAACAAUGUUCGCAGAUUUGGACUAUGAUAUCGAGGAAGAUAAGCUGGGGAUUCCUACUGUACCUGGGACGGUGACCCUGAAGAAGGACUCUCAGAACCUGAUUGGGAUCAGCAUUGGGGGGGGAGCACAGUACUGCCCCUGCCUCUACAUUGUCCAGGUAUUUGAUAACACCCCAGCAGCCUUAGAUGGCACCGUGGCAGCUGGAGAUGAAGUCACAGGAGUGAAUGGGAAGUCUGUCAAAGGGAAGACCAAGGUGGAGGUGGCCAAGAUGAUACAGAUGGUAAAGGGAGAAGUGACAAUUCACUACAACAAGCUUCAGGCUGACCCAAAGCAGGGCAAGUCUUUGGAUAUUGUGUUGAAGAAGGUAAAGCAUCGACUGGUAGAGAACAUGAGCUCAGGGACAGCAGAUGCCCUGGGAUUAAGCCGAGCCAUACUUUGCAAUGAUGGACUAGUGAAGAGAUUAGAGGAGCUGGAUAGGACUGCAGAGUUAUACAAAGGCUUGACAGAGCACACCAAGAAUCUUCUCAGGGCUUUCUUUGAGCUAUCCCAGACACACAGAGCAUUUGGAGACGUUUUCUCUGUCAUUGGUGUACGGGAGCCACAACCAGCUGCCAGUGAAGCCUUUGUGAAAUUUGCUGAUGCCCAUCGCAACAUUGAGAAGUUUGGGAUUCACCUUCUGAAAACAAUUAAGCCGAUGCUUACUGACUUGAAUACAUAUCUGAAUAAAGCCAUUCCUGACACAAGACUGACUAUCAAAAAAUACCUGGAUGUCAAGUUUGAGUAUUUGUCUUACUGCCUGAAAGUCAAAGAGAUGGAUGAUGAAGAGUACAGCUGCAUUGCUCUGGGCGAGCCCCUCUACCGGGUCAGCACCGGCAACUACGAAUACCGCCUUAUCCUGCGCUGCCGCCAGGAGGCUCGCACGCGCUUCGCCAAGAUGAGGAAGGACGUGCUAGAGAAAAUCGAGCUUCUGGACCAGAAGCACGUGCAAGACAUCGUGUUCCAGCUGCAGCGUUUUGUCUCCACCAUGUCCAAGUACUACGAUGACUGCUAUGCCGUGCUCCAGGAUGCAGAUGUCUUUCCCAUUGAGGUGGACCUUGCCCGCACUACACUCAGCUAUGGGCAGAAGGACACGUACACGGACGGGGCAGAAGACGAAGAUGGAGAAAACGAGAGAGAAGGUGGCAGGAAGGAGGACGCAAAUGGGGAAAAGCUCAUUGAUGAUGCCUGAGUGUGCCAGCAUGGCCAGAGGAAAGACUCUGCAGACUGUUACAAAAACAGGUAUUUCACAUGGCGAUUCAUCCUCCAUGACUUUCUGUGUAUGUCCAGCCUGGGAUUCCUCCUCUGCUUUGGGUGGGGGUAGCUGGUUGGACUGGGACCAACCUCUGCUUUCCUCUCUUCCAUUGCUUGUUUGCCUGGAUAUUCCUUUUUCCACCAGAGACUUCUUCUGCCCAACUUGGGUGUUGAGGUGUGGGGAGGAAAAUCCCCUAUGACACCUCCAUGUGACUCUGUGUGCAGACAGGACGUGGCUGAGCAUGUGGGAUGCACCACUCUCCUCUGGUUAGACAUCUGGAGAUUAUUCCAGAUGGCAGGAACAGCCCCUUCUAUCCUCCCCUUGUGCUAUGGGAAAGUGUUAGAACCAGCAUUGUUUUCUUCGUCUCACUUCAGGCUGUCUUAAGCUUCCCAUUCUUUGGCCUGUUUUAAGCUUCCUCUGUGUCUUCCAUCUGUCCCCAUGGGCUGCAGGACCAAUUUUUGUAGAGUGAUUACUCUCACCACUCCCAGCUCUCUAUGCCACUCUUUUUGAGAAAUAGGAGCAAGUCCAAGGUGAUACCUAGAACUGAUGGUGAUAGGUGUGAUCUGAUCACCUCCCAUCUGAGGGGCCUGGGGAAGCUCUCAAAGCAGGGGUUGGUGAAAGUCACUUCCUGGCAUGCUGAUCUGCUGCAACCCUGCUGCAAAGAUUUGGAAGUCUCUUCCUCUGGCUGCUAUCUUCUUCAUAGUCCCUGAGUUCCUGCAGAGCUGGCACUGCCUGCACACUCCAUAGCUACACCCCAGGGCUAGGAUUCUUCAGGAUUUUGCCCUGCAGGAAGGAGGCACCUGGCUCAGGAAGGAGUCCUCCUACUCUGCAGCAGUGCUGCAGUGCGGUGACCAUGCUUGUCUGAGGCAGACAGGUUCCUGGGAAUAACAGCAAAGCUGCACGAGUUUCCAUCAUUCACCUUUCUUAUGACUCCUUGUGAUGGACAGUAACCAAAUGCACAUCUUGAGGAAUGUGCAGCCAGUCCUGCACGCUCCUCCCUCGUGCAGAGAUCCACCUUAGAACCACAGAGGAGAUGCACCAUUCUCAAACUAGAGAGGAGAGACAGGAAGACUCGUGGAGAGAAGAAGACACAACUUAUAGGCAGAGACUUGGACAUUUUGAGUGUCCCACGUAACUAGCAUGCCACCCCUACCACCCCCUGCUCUCCUCUCUGCACAGCCAUUUUGUGCUGCCUCUGGGCUAGCCAGAAGCAGGAGCUAACAUCCCAUUCCCCAGCACAAGGGAAGGAGGGAAAGGAUAACCAAGGUGAGUGAGGCUGCUUCUUUCCUCCUUCAUUUUCUCCCUCCACCUCUGUGGGCUGACCCCAGAUGCAGAUGGCACGUUCUCUUUUAGUGGGCAGCACAGCUGCCAGGCAUGGUGUGCUUCUCAGAGGCAAGGCCUUCUCUGUCAUUACAUUCUAGUGGUAGUGAGAGAAGUUCUUUAAGGGCAUUAAUUUAUGAUCGAGAUGUUUGUUUUGUUUUGUUCUCUUUAAUUCAUUUUUGGAGCUUUGUCAUCGCUGUGGGUGCCUGGAAGAAAGUUGUCCAUGGUCAGGCUGCUCUGGAAGAUUUUAAAAGGCUCUGAUAUAUUGACUGUUGUCUCUAAUAAAGAAAAACAUGACA